AUGUUGGAGUUUAUCACUCAGGGCUACAAGGGAUCUGCAGUCAAAUAUUCUCCCUUUUUCGAAGACCGGAUUUGUGUCGCUGCUUCUGCCAAUUAUGGUCUGGUGGGAAAUGGGAGACUUUACAGCUUGAUGUUGACUGCGCAGGGCAUCCAAGUACAAAAGACUUUUGAUACUCAGGAUUCAAUCUAUGAUCUGGCAUGGUCCGAAUUGAAUGAAAAUCAAGUCGCUGUCUCAUGUGGUGAUGGGAGUGUGAAGCUAUUUGACACCGCGCUCAAUCAAUUUCCUGUCGAGAACUAUCAUGAGCAUAGUCGUGAGGUUUUUGCAGUUCAUUGGAACCUGGUAUCCAAAGAUACAUUUGUUUCAAGCUCUUGGGAUGGUACAAUCAAGCUGUGGAAUCCUAAUCGCACAAGCUCCCUGCUUACAUUGCCUACCCACUCUUGCACAUACAGUAGUGCUUUCUCCCCUCAUUCGCCCUCGGUCAUAUCCUCUGUCUCCUCUGAUUCGCACUUGAGAAUAUUUGAUCUUCGUACUCCUGCAUCGGCCUCCAACCAUUUGGUCUCACUCAUCCCAAUUCAUGGUCCUCCACCAACUGCAGGACCCCGCGGUGCAAUUGGAAAUAACCGACAAAAUUUCCCUCCGUCCGAAGCUCUCACGCAUGAUUGGAACAAAUAUCGUGAUGGAAUUAUCGCAACAGCUGGUGUGGAUCAAAUGAUUCGGACUUUUGAUAUUCGUAAUCCGGGGGCUGGUCCUAUUGCGAUCCUACAAGGACAUGAAUAUGCUGUUCGAAAGGUAGUAUGGAGCCCUCAUCUUAGCGAUACUCUUCUAAGCGCCAGCUACGAUAUGACUUGCCGUGUCUGGACUGACGGUACCUCGAACGCCAGCAUGCCCCGCCAACUUGGUCGCAUGGACCGUCACACCGAGUUUGCAACUGGUGUUGACUGGUGUCUUUUCGGGGAAGGUUGGUGCGCAAGCACUGCUUGGGACGAACGAUUACUUGUCUGGGAUGUUCGAUCUGUUAUGGGCGUAUAA